AUAUCGGUUUCAAACAUCACAAAUAGAAGUUUUAGCCGAGACACUCUUUGUUUGUUUUGACCAAGUUUCGAUGUUUCGUCGAUGACAUGUGGUGUGGGUGUGUCAGUGUUGUCGUGCCUUCAUGCAUCAUGCCCAUAUAUGAUUUUGCUUUUUGCGUUAUGUCACUACUGCCUCCAUUUGAACCUACCUUUCCACCUACUGAGCCACAUGAGUCGUAGGUUGCGCAUAAAAUUAAUCAGAAGGUCGCUGUUGGGUGAUGAACUACACACCACUAGUGACGAAAUUACUCUCACACAUUUUGGGAAUGUGGGCGGAAAUGGGAUAUUAGGUAUCCUGUGUAUGUCACUAGCGUCGCCUGCAUGGCUUUCAGGAACACAUUUUUUUCUUUUCGUUGCGACGACGAGUUUCAUCGGUACCCUAAUUUGGGUAUUCGUCUACUUUUUGGGUAUUCGAGAAGCGCUCAACUUACCCAUCCACUGGAUACUCACAGAGUUAGUUAAUACAGCGAUCUGUACGGGGGCUUAUGUCAUCGCGUUUAUUGUCCAGCUCUCGAUAUGGCCAGGAGGGCCGCACUGGCACAAGGGAGCCAACAUUGCGGCGGGGGUUUUCGGUAUUUUCAAUGCCCUGGCCUAUGGAUUUGCAACGUAUCUCCUAUACAUCGAAUAUAAAGGAAACAGGACAAACUAAAUCACUCAAAGAACUGACAAAAGUCGCGGUGACAUUUUUAGUCUUAGGUUCAAAAAACGAAGAGGAAUUUUUUGUUUAGUUGUUGUUAGUCAUGUCAUAUUCAUCACUUUUAUAAUUUUUACUCUUUCACUUUUSUAUCAAGUAAUUUAUUGUACACUAAGUGUAUUAACAUGUUUCCUCUAGUGCCUUCACAGCAACUGUCACGAUAAUAAUAAUUCACUUAAAUUUUAUAAGGUUUGUAAAGUUCAAGUAUGAGAAACGCUGGUUCUUUAUACGUAUUUAUAUACAUUUAAGUUUUCAAAUUUUAUCUAAAUAAUGUACAAUUACUGUGUAAAUUUUAGAUUGAAAUAAAAAAUAAAUAAUUGUUUUUAUAAAUAA